GUUAGCUGCUACUACCUAAGACUAGCUAAAAACAAAUCCUCGGGUGUCAUGAUGGACUAGUUAUUUCACGUAUGUUUUUAUAAGAAUCUCUACCAAUUUGAGUGUUUUUGCGUAAGGAAAGUUCGCCUUUUGCUUGUAAAUCUUCCUUAUGCUCUCAGUAAGCCAUUUACUGAAGCUUCCGGUUUGCUGUCUUAGUUAAAAUCGUAGAAUGUCUUUUCUGUCUCUGUCCUAUUGGGCCAAAAUCCACCAGAGACCACACAGUUUAGGGACUCUGCUUCACAAAUCCCUGUUUAGUCCGAACCAGGACUCUAGGCACCAGUUCAGUGGGCAGCAGUCUCAAAGGAGGGUUGUUAUUACUGGACUAGGGUUGGUGUCCCCACUGGGGACAGGGACUGGCCUUCCCUGGGAGAACCUGAUCAAAGGACAGACUGGGGUUGUUGCUCUGGACUCAGAAGAGUACAAGACUAUCCCCUGUAAAGUGGCGGCUCUGGUUCCUAGGGGCACUGGUGAGGGGCAGUUUUGGGGAGAAAAGUUUGCCUCUCGAGGGGAAAUCAAUUCAAUGUCACCAGCGACCCUCAUGGCCCUUGGAGCUGCUCAACUGGCGCUGGAGGACUCAGGGUGGUACCCUGAAAGCCCAGAAGAGCAGCUGAACACGGGGGUAGCAGUAGGCAUGGGUAUGGUGUCACUGGAUGAGAUUGCCCGGACUUCUGCUGCCUUCACAGAAAAGGGCUACAACAAAGUUAGCCCCUUCUUUGUUCCUCGUAUCCUGGUCAACAUGGCUGCUGGGCACAUAAGCAUCAAACACAAAUUGAAGGGUCCCAACCAUGCUGUGUCCACAGCAUGCACCACAGGCGCUCAUGCCAUCGGUGAUGCAAGCAGGUUCAUUGCCCAUGGGGAUGCAGUUGCUAUGGUUACAGGGGGAACAGAAUCCUGUGUAGGGCCGCUCUCAGUAGCUGGCUUUGCCAGAGCACGUGCACUCGCCACCAAAUGGAAUGACAGACCUGCGCUGGCGUCAAGACCCUUCCACCCAGAGAGAGAUGGUUUUGUGAUGGGAGAGGGAGCAGCUGUGCUCCUGCUGGAGGAGCUGGAGCAUGCACUGACAAGAGGAGCCAGGAUCUAUGCUGAGGUUCUGGGCUAUGGGCUCUCAGGGGAUGCUAGCCACAUCACCGCACCCACUGCAGAUGGAGAUGGAGCCUUCAGGUGUAUGUCUGCAGCCCUCAGGGAUGCAGGUAUCUCUCCAUCAGAUGUCACGUAUGUCAAUGCUCAUGCCACGUCCACGCCUUUAGGUGACGCAGCAGAAAAUGCAGCGAUCAAGAGGCUCUUCCAACCCAGCUUUGAUAGCCUGGCUGUGUCCUCCACCAAAGGGGCCACAGGACAUCUGCUAGGGGCUGCCGGGGCCCUGGAGGCAGCCUUCACUGCUCUAGCCUGCUAUCAUGGGGUGCUGCCCCCGACCCUUAACCUAAACCGUACAGAACCAGAGUUCAAUCUGAAUUAUGUUCCCUGCAGAGCGCAGCCAUGGCGAACUCAGGGCCGACGGAUUGCCCUCACAAACUCGUUUGGGUUUGGUGGUACCAAUGCCUCGUUGUGUCUCAGCAGUUUCUGAUCAUCUGUGUGUUUCCUUCAACAAUAUUUCUGAUAUUAAAGUGACACGAAAGCC